UCCAAGCUGUCAGCUGUUUUUUUGUUUUGCUUAUAACCAUUAUGCUAGCUGGGUUGCUAGCUAGAUAAGCUAACCUUGUGAAAACUGAAACGAUUGAUGCUUAAUCCCGGUAGCAAACGUGUAGCAAUUCAACUAACGUAAAAUAUUUUAAAAACUAUAAAACUGGCCAAAUCUCCUGUGCGACACAGCAGUGGUUCUGUAGACGACGUGCUCGAACCGAUCCCACUCCCAGGCCUCGAAACCGGGGCUGAGGGAGAGGUAGCUGCGGUUCGGGAUGGAGUGCAAAGAAGGAGCCGAUGGUCCAGCCGGACCAGAAGGGUUGAUAUGCGCCUCCUUCAACCAAGACACUACAUCUCUGGCUGUCGGUACCAAAACUGGGUACCGACUCUUUUCUGUGACUCUGGUUGACCGACUGGACUGUAUCCAUGAAAGUGCAGAAACCCCUGACGUGUACAUCGUGGAGCGCCUGUUCUCCAGCAGCCUGGUGGUGGUGGUCAGCCUGACCAUGCCGCGCCGCAUGAACGUCUACCAUUUCAAGAAGGGCACGGAGAUCUGCAACUACAGCUACUCCAACAACAUCCUGGCCGUUCGCCUCAACCGGCAGAGGCUGAUCGUGUGUCUGGAGGAGUCCAUUUACAUCCACAACAUCAAGGACAUGAAGCUUCUGAAGACCCUGCUCAACACGCCAUCCAACCCCACAGGUCUCUGUGCACUCUCCAUCAACCAUUCCAACUCGUACCUGGCCUACCCUGGCAGCGCCACCAUUGGGGAGAUCAUCCUCUAUGAUGCCAAUAACCUGAGCACUGUGACCAUGAUUCCAGCCCACGACAGCCCCCUGGCAGCCAUCACAUUCAACGCUUCAGGCACCAAGCUAGCCAGCGCCUCAGAGAGGGGCACUGUGAUCCGAGUGUUCACCGUCCCCGAGGGAGCGCGGCUGUUCGAGUUCCGGCGGGGAAUGAAGAGGUACGUCAACAUCAGUUCUCUGUCCUUCAGCGCGGACGCCCAGUUCCUCUGUGCUUCCAGUAACACCGAGACAGUGCACAUCUUUAAAUUGGAGCAGCACAGCCCCAGUCGAGAGGAGGAAUCUCCCACUUGGUCUGCGUACGUUGGGAAAAUGUUCACUGCCGCCAGCAACUACCUCCCUGCGCAGGUGUCUGGCAUGAUGAACCAGGACCGCGCCUUCGCCACAGUGCGUCUCAACAUCUUCGGCCUGAAGAACAUCUGUGCGCUGGCCACGAUCCAGAAACUUCCCCGCUUACUAGUGGCUUCCUCUGAUGGACACCUCUACAUCUACAAUGUGGACCCGCAAGAUGGAGGCGAGUGUGUCCUCGUUAAGAAACACAGGCUGUUUGACACUGAGGAGGGCCGGGGGGAAUCGGAGGAAGAGCUGCAGGCCAGAGCGUCCCCGCCUGCCAACCAGUCUUAUGCUGCCACUGUUGCCAUCCCAACGACCCCGCCCUCCUCUGCUGUUCUAACAGGCUACUCAGAAGAUGGCGGAGUGAAGAAGGGAGAAGUGAUCCCUGAACAUGAGUUUGCUGCAGGACCCGUGUGUCUGGAUGAUGAGAAUGAGUUCCCUCCUGUGAACACGCAGGAUAAUUAACCCUUAUCUGUGUCUGCUGGCCAGCCCACAGCUGCUCCCCCACCCCCAAGUGGCCCACAAUGCCCUUGGGCAGGGCACAUUUGUAAUAAGGAGGCACAACUUAACAUGUUUACUCCAAUAGAAACCCACUACCAAACCAAGACCAAUCAUUAAACAAAAUAGAACUCUUGUGCUGCACCUUGAUAUUCUGUAUUACACAUUAGGUCAGUAUUUUAUUUUAGAUUUUCUAUUAUUUCACGUUCCAUGUAUCUUAUUAUGAGGGAAAAAAGCAGCCUCUGAUUAACACACAUGCCCUCUAUAAUGCCUCUGAGUCAGUCACAGGCUACUCAGAUGAGCUGCUGAGAGAGAAACUUGUUUUAGUUGGCUGCAGGAAGGUUGACAUUUAAACCAUGUUCUGCACAGGUAGGAGUUGAAACUCUUAAACUAGAAGGCUGAUUCCCUCCUGUUCACCCGGCUGUUGUGUGUCAGGUGAUUUACUUUUUCUUGCCAUAAUAUGUCAACAGCUGAAAAGUUGUUCACCCAUUUCUUGUAUUACAAAGAAAUGCAUUAUACAUUUGAGUUCUUGCAACCAUAUUUUAGCAUUUACAAUAGUAUAUUUGAACAACAGUUCUGGGGAAAUACAUUUCUUUAGUUUUCGGCUGGCUGUUUGAGUGCAGUUAGGUUUGGGGGAGAAAUGCAAUGUGAGAGUGAACCAGAAGCUGCCACUGUGUGUAGAGCAGACAGCCUUCCUGCUUAAACGCCUAAUGUUAGGCCACUUUCAUAGUGCCUGACUGUGCCCACAGCCAUGUUAAACAGAGCCCUGCUGCUUUUAACGCCUAAGCCAGACUUUCACAGUGCCUGACUGCCCACAGCCACGUUAAACAGCCAUGGGAGUGAUCGAGAUGUCACAGGUUAAUGUCUUGGUGGCAUUUGGGUGAGUUUUGAUCACUAACAGACUGAGCUGUGGUAUUGUACACUGUGGCAAUGAAGUAGGAAGACAUUAAGUACUAAUUUACUAUAUUCAUUGUUUAUUUUGGAACAUUAUUUUGAAGUCUGUUAUACUGUCACUGCCUGAUAAGAUUAUGCAGUGUGAACAGGGUAUUGUGAUCUCUUGGGCCAGUGACUUAAAAGGAGAAAUGUGAAAAUAUUUAUACAAUUUCAAGCAGUAUUUCCCUUGUAUUUCUUUUACUGCCUCUGUCAUAAGCAAUCCCAUGUCAUACUGUGAGUCUUUGGUCUUUUGAAGAUAAUAUUGACUGAAACACUUUCCCAGAUAUUUUACUUUGUAAAAUACAUUUGUAUUUAUAAUUCCUUUGGAAUAUUUUAAAAUUAUUCACGGCAUCUAUAUGUUGAGCAAACAAGCCUUCAAGAAUGACGGUAGAAAUGGUGUGGUGUGAUGAUUUAGCUUCACAGAAUCAAUUUGUGAAAAUCUGAAUCCACAGAACUGAGAGAUCCACUGUUCGCUGAGGGAAAGUCUGAAGGUUGUUUCUGCAGCUCUACUAUUGUUAGUGGAGUUGCUGUAUUUCAUUGCUUUUAGUAAUCUCUUGAGGUUUAAUUUCCUUCUUGUAAUUGACCUCUUGCUACAUUUAUCUGUAAAUAACGUGUAAUGAGGUAAUAAAUAUUGUGGUUGCAUCAGAGGAGAAAGUAAUGUUUCACAGAGUAUACUCGCCUGGGAGUCAUGAGAGUGAGACCUUUCAUUUAAGAUCCACAAAAGCUUUUGAUUAGGCACCUUUGGACAUGAAACAUUAAUUAAAUACCAGAACAUGUUAUCAUUUGUGAAUAAUUCUGGUCAGUUGAAUGCCACAGAAUGCACAGACCACAGGUAUUUACAAACAUUUACACUAAUGACACAUAAUUAUGCCAAGACAGAAAAGAUAAAUGUGCAUUCAUUCAGACUGGUCUGAAAAAUGCAGCGAUUGUUUAGGUAACAUGUCAACAGCAAUUCCAGUUUCGUUUGCUAUAUCUUGAGAACUACAUUUAGUUGAUCAACAUUUUCCACAGCCUUACAUUUAUGGCUGUUCGUUGAACCCAUGGACCAUGGUAUGGGUCAAAAGGCAACUACUGAUUCACCGUUUUAUAUCGUUAAAUGCUCCUCCCAAAAGGAAAACUCAGUAAUACAUUAAUUAAAAACAAAAAAAACAAUAGAGGCUUGGGCUUUGUUUAUUCGUACUCAGCUCCCUGUGAUGGGUAAGUCAAGGUUUUCAUGAGCAUUUCAUGAGCUCCGCUUUUGCUUUGCUUUUCGUGAUGUGCAUGGAAACAAGGCAAUAAUUUGCUUUCAGAAUCCCUUCGCAGCGUUGAAACCACAGGGUGCAGCAGCAGUGUAAUCUGAACUCUGAACUGAAGCCUGUUGCAGAGAGCACUGUCCUGUAACCUCUUUCGCACAGCAGCGGGAAGGACAUCUGGAAAUGAGCCGAUGUCUGGAUAAAGCACAGUAUUUAAAAAAGAGAAACCUUGAAAAGGCUGUAGGCCCAUAGGUGUAGUAGCAUCCUUUUGAUGCUAUUGUAAGCAGUCCAAUGCAACUGUAUGAGGAGGAACAGUUCAUUUCUGUUUUGGUUUUGGGGGGAUGAUACUGAGGGCAGGAUAGGGGGCUGAUGAGAGCUUAUCUGAAAGACAAGAUGGAGCUAAACUGCAGGAUUCUCUAUUCUACCAACAUCUGGAAGGUGUUACAUAAAAGUUAGGUGUUAUAAAACAACUUAAUCUUAUUUCCGCAGUUACUUGAUCAGUAUGCUCUAAUGAAAAUAUGAUUACUAUGGUAUUAAUUCUUAAGUAAAGAAUUGAACUAAUUGUAUUUUUAUCCUUUUUGUUUAAAUAUUGGAUAUGUUCAUGUGUGCCCUUCUGUGUACAUUCAAACGUUGUUUUGUAUGUGCCUACAAUGUCAACCGUGCAAAUAAAUUUGUUAAUUGCACAAAACCAAGAAAAGUAAAAUUGCAGUAGAGAUAAAAUUAUGCAAAUCA